ACAGCCCCGUGGAGCCGGGGCUCUCAUUCACAGCUUUCUAGAGAAAUCUGAGCCCGAACCUGCCAGAAUAGGGGAUCUCACCCACUCAGCUCAGCAGCGAGGACACCUGCAGAAACACAUUCCUAAAGCAAGGCUGAGCGGCUGUGUGAAGUAAGAAAUGGUCUCAGAGUUGCUUUUUUUUUGGAUGGCCCCCACCACAUAAGACCUGAAUGUCCUACUGCUCUCCAAGAACAGAAAGAAGACCAUCUAUUUGUCUGCUUUUGUGGCAACUUGGUAGUAACGAAACUGUUGAAUGGGCCCCAAUUUCGGCAGACCAUCAGGUGAAUGGGACCAGUCUCCAUUCUUCCAAAAUAUCAGAAAUUAAGCACGUGGAAAGGAGAUUCGGCCAAGAUGACCCAUUUACAGGCCGGACUCAGUCCAGAGACUAUAGAGAAAGCUCGCCUGGAACUGAAUGAGAACCCAGAUGUCUUACAUCAGGAUAUCCAGCAAGUCAGGGACAUGAUCAUCACCAGGCCUGACAUUGGGUUUUUACGUACAGAUGAUGCCUUCAUCCUGAGAUUUCUCCGAGCCAGGAAGUUUCACCAAGCAGAUGCCUUCAGACUCCUGGCCCAGUACUUUCAGUACCGUCAGCUCAACCUGGACAUGUUCAAAAACUUCAAGGCUGAUGACCCUGGCAUUAAGAGGGCUCUCAUCGACGGGUUCCCUGGAGUGCUGGAAAACCGUGAUCACUACGGCAGGAAGAUUCUUCUGCUCUUUGCCGCCAAUUGGGAUCAGAGUAGGAACUCCUUCACAGAUAUCCUCCGCGCCAUCUUGCUGUCCCUGGAAGUCCUUAUCGAAGAUCCGGAGCUUCAGAUAAAUGGCUUCAUUUUAAUUAUAGACUGGAGUAACUUUUCCUUCAAACAAGCCUCCAAACUGACCCCCUCCAUCCUCAAACUGGCUAUUGAAGGGCUGCAGGACAGCUUUCCUGCCCGCUUCGGAGGAGUCCAUUUUGUCAACCAACCCUGGUACAUUCAUGCCCUGUACACGCUCAUCAAGCCAUUCCUUAAAGACAAGACCAGGAAGCGGAUUUUCCUGCAUGGAAACAAUUUAAACAGCCUUCACCAGCUAAUCCACCCUGAAUUUUUGCCCUCUGAAUUUGGAGGAACCCUUCCUCCUUAUGACAUGGGAACUUGGGCCCGGACGUUACUUGGUCCAGACUACAAUGACGAAAAUGACUAUACUCACACUUCCUACAAUGCAAUGCACGUGAAACACACAUCCUCCAAUCUGGAGAGAGAAUGCUCACCCAAGCCGAUGAAGAGAUCUCAGUCCGUGGUAGAAGCUGGGACCCUGAAACAUGAGGAGAAGGGAGAGAAUGACAACACUCAGCCCCUCCUGGCUCUGGACUGAACCCCGAGUCACCCCAUGCUCUCGCAGAUCGCCAGCCUGCAGUGGAUCAGACACCCAGGAAGCGCGUGUGCGCAACUGACCCACAGGGACACGUGCGUUCCGCUUGACACAAUGCCCUCCACUCCCACCACGUAGUGAUGACUGUCACCAGCCAUUGGUCUGAGCAGCCAAAGUUGAACAAAGACUUGAGAGAUUUUUUUUUUUUUUUCUUUUUGGUGAGGGGACUGGAGGUGAAGCAGGGCAGUCAUGUCAACAUGAUUCCCCCUCCCCCGUAUUUAUGGUAUUAAACGAACUGCAAAAAAGAAAACUAAAUUUGAUGCACACACCGCGUUAGUGCCAGGAUUUUUCUGAGGUACCACAGAGACCCACUCUAAGUUUUGUGACUUAAGAUUAAGUGCAUUUCCAAGUAGAUAUAUGAGAAGGAAACUGUGCAGACCCAAUUGUCAAGCUCAACGUAGUGCAAAGCCCCAAGACAGUAGUAUCUCAAGUCAUUUCCAUUCUUAGUGAAUUAUUUUCUUUGACCUCAUCACCAGCAUCGGAUUGUUCAGUCCAAGGGCAUGUCCUUGUAGGUCUCACUCUUCACAGAGUUUGCUUAUUUUGAGAACCUGCAAGAACAAUUUUGAUGUCACAUCUCUUGUCAGGCCACCAGCUGAUUACCAUGAUCUGGCUUAAAAAAAAAGACACACACAACCUGAAAUACGAUUAUUUCAUCUUAAUAACGUGACUUUCCACAGGCAACAUGAGAUUGUGGAGGGAGGGGUGGGGCCUCAUCGAAAACACAUGUCAGUGAUUAAUGGAUUCAUUCAAAUUGCCACACUUGGGUCACUACAGGCAAGAAAAGUGCUACAAAAGUAUUUAAUGCCCCCCACUCCCUCCCCGCCCUCCCCCCAACCAGUUAAAGGUAUGGAGAACGGAGCUGGCUGUUGCUGAGAGAGUAGGUACCAAUCAUGGAGGAAGACCCUUAGCGAUGGCUAAAUAUGCAAGUACUGACAAUAAGAGAUUAGGAAUGCGGGAUAAAAUGCCAAAGAUCAUUUUAUUUCUUUGUCUAUUCUCCGUAGAAAUGGGAGUCCCCAACGACCCAUUCAAAGGAAAUUAAAUAGAGAUAAACAGGUAACAUAGGAUAGGAUAUCCUUAUUCGUGCCAUGUUUCCCAAAACCCGUUUGUGUUUAAGGCAUCUCAUAUCUUCCCAGCCAUCCACAUGACAUGAGCAUUAAUCAGUAUGACCACUUGGUGCUCAGUGUCAAAUAAAAGAUAUUUUAGUUGGGCAGAAAAAUAUGAUUUUAUGUUUUAAGGACUUGGGAGGAUUAACUAAAAAUUCAAAGAAAAGAGGUGAUUCAACUGGCCAUAAUCAACCUAGGUAGAUAUUAUUACGAAUCUUAACCAUUUAUUACAUCUCUUUCUCAAUGAAUCUAGUGUUUUAAUUUAUUUUCUACUGGCAGAGGAGAAUAAGAGACGUAAUUUUUGUAUUCUACCCUCGAAAUAAAAUU